AUGUCUGGCAUCGACAUAUUCGCUCCCGGCGCCUGGGACGAUCGCGCCCUAGUCAAGGGCUGGAACGCCCAGGUGAAAGAGUACAAGAAAUAUCACAGCCUGCAGAAGAAGGACAGGAAGACUCCGCUCAGCGACAAGCUCACUGCUGCCGAGAUCUUCGAUCUUGCUGAUAUCUUCAGCCUUGCCGACCCGGAUGAGCUCGAGGAGAUGGGCAUCAGUCUUGAAGCCCAGUCUCGUGCCAAGCCGAACGAAGAGCCCGAAGAUACCCACAUGGAGGACGAUGGCACCGCCUACCAGCCUAACUCAGCUGAUGCUGCCUCUUCCGAGGAUACUGACGCUGCUGCCCGCCAGCUGAUGCAGGAGGCAGAGAGUCAGCAUGGAUCGCAAGCCCCUCCCAUUCCGGGAGCUGUCGCCGCCGCGCCUGGUCAGAACGACGCGUUGAAGAACAUGCAGUGGGCUUGGUUCUAUGCUGGCUACUACCAAGGCCAAUACGAGGCUCAGCUGCGCUCUGCCCAGCAGCCCCAUUAA